AUGGCAGCAGUAGGCAGGGAGUCGCGCUUCAUGCCGACGGUGAAAUUACAGGGCCUUGCUAACCUCGGCACAGAUCGCGCAUAUGUGGCUCCAAGUGAGCUCACGCCCGUCAGUCAAGAGAGCGGCUCCCAGAGCGGUGUGUCACCCCAGUUUCCGAAUGCACAGCCGGAUACAGGCAAGACAGACGGAUCGUCUGCCCCCGGCAUCGCGAAUAACUCGUCGACUCCGCCACAGUCAGCAAGGCCUGGUGGGUAUGGAGGACUCGACGAUGAUAGCGAUUAUGAGGACGCGGUACCUCAGACCAGCGCCUCAGAGCAGGAACCGAAUAUGACGGACCGAAUGGACGCCGCGAAAGACCGCUUGGAUGUGGACCGUCGACCCUCGGCGCCUGGCUUUGGCCCUAACCAUGGCGGACCACCUGGAAAUGGGAGCGAGCGCCCUAGCACUUCGGCCUCCUCCAACAUCAGUAGCGGCUUGGGAGGUGGGAUGAUGUCGAAUCCACAAAACGGGAACGGGAGGUUUAUUCCCUAUUCAAAACCACCGGAACAGGCCCUCGAGCCGCCUCGCACGCCGAACAGAUCUGAGACUUUUCCUCGGCCUAACGAUCGUUUUGGAACCCCGGCUCGCACCCCUUCCGCGCCGACGCCCUCAGCGACGCUGCAUCCCGAUCGUCAGCAACCUCCCCUGGGUUCGCCGGGUGCGCCGGGUGAGCGGGAUCUGAUGGCGAACGACAGGCCGAGGAGACCAAGCAGAGGUCCAGAUACGUCUCGGCCACCGCCGCCCCGAACCAAUGCGGUCCGGCCCAGCACCCCUGGUGUACCAACAAUCAACCUCGCCGAGGAAUUUGGCAUCGGAAACCCUUACCACAACUCGUCGGAGUCGACAUCAUCCACAAACUCGUCGGCAAAUAGUAGCCAACCGGAGCGUCGGCCGAGCCAAGCGAGCCAGGCUAGUUCACGGACCAGCCCGCCCAGGUCCCUAGCGUCAUCCAGGGGGGGGACAAGCCCGUCCGAUGGGCCGAAUGUUAACAGCUUGAUGACGGAUAUCAAACACUCCAUGGAUGAGAUGAGAUCGAAACCACCAGCACCAGCCCCCCUCAAGCUGCCACCGAGAGGUAUGUUUCCUAAAGAUCGGCCGUCGCCCUUGAGCGCUCGGCCACCUCGCACUGGUGAACGAGGCUAUGACCCGCGUAUCGACCCUGCAGUCCAGAACCCGCGCCUGGCUAAGGGGAGGUCCCCUCUUCCCGCUCCGAUGCCUGAUACAUCCCUGCAAACCGGCCUCAAGAUUCAGCCACCCAACGAUGUCCUCUCCCCGAGCACCCCCGGCCUUCCCUCCCCAAGUUGGACCGGCUCGCCAGAGCGUGGCCGACCGAUGGGUGACAGGCGCCCUUCUCAAGCUCAUCCGGAACCACAACCAUCACCGCAAUCCCGGGCACCGCCACAACGGCGAUCGCCGCCAGAACGAGGACCAGAACGGGUCCCAGAACGAGUUCCAGAACGAGUUCCAGAACGAGUACCAGAGCGAGUACCAGAGCGAGCCCCCGAACCCACCCGCUCCCGCUCCCGCUCCCGCUCCCGUCCACGUGAGCCAACUUCCACCUCAGUCCGGGGCAACUGCAAAGCCUGCAACCAGGCGAUCACGGGCAAGUCCAUCUCGAGCGCCGACGGCCGCCUGACGGGCCGCUACCACAAGAGCUGCUUCGUCUGCACCACCUGCCUCCAGCCCUUCUCGUCUUCCACAUUUUACGUGCUCGACGAUAAGCCGUAUUGCGAGUUGCACUACCACAAGCUCAACGGCAGCCUCUGCGGUAGUUGCGGCAGGGGCAUCGAGGGACAAUAUCUCGAGGACGAGUCUGCGGUCAAACACCACGUGGGCUGUUUCAAGUGCGGCAUGUGCAGAAUGGCGUUAAGGGAUGGGUAUUUUGAGGUCAAUGGGAGGGCAUAUUGCGAACAGGACGCUUGGAGACUCGCUGGCGGCGGGAUGAAUGGCGGCCCUCCUCACCCUCCAGGUCCUGGUGGAAUGGGUUUCCGUCCGCCGCACAUGGGCCCGCCAGGAGGACCGAGAGGUCCCAUGGGUGGUGGCUACAACCCUAGCCGACUCGGCCCGAUGGGACAGAGGCCAAGAAUGGAGAAGAGGAUGACGAGGCUGGGGAUGAUGUGA